AUGUUCAAAUUAAUUUCGGAACGAUUUUCAUCAUCACCGUCGUCUUGCUCAACAUUGAGUUAUUUCCAAAAACAUGCCAAAGGUUUUGUACUGUUUCGGAUAUCUACCAACAAAUGUCAUCAUUUAAUAACUCACAUACAUAGGCCGUUUUCCUCAUCACUAUUCUCGGAGUCCAAUCAUUCUGACAAUAGCAACAUCGGAAUGAAUGAAAGAAAUUUCUCCAAUUACAAAACACCAUCAUCUAUAGAUUUACCACCAGAAUUAUCCAAAAUCAUUCAUUCCGAAGAGAAAUUCCAACCUCCAACGGAUUUAGUGGAUGAAUAUAUUCAACAUGAUGAACAUGGUGAAGCCUAUUACAAUGAUUUACUGCAAGAUUUACCUCCACAUUUGUAUUUUGAUCAUACAAAUUCAACAACAACGACUGGAUUCUCUCAUGAACUGGAUCGAGAAUAUGAAGAAAUGUUUAAAUUUUCUAGUCAUUCCUCUCGUCAUCCUCACAGUAAAAAUCAACAACGAUCAUCCAAAGACUCUAAAACGCCCUCUCAAAAAUCCUUUACAAGUCAUGGUCGAACGAAAACCUCUCCUCAAACCUCAAACAAAGAUCAUGACAAAAACGAUUGGGAUAAUAUUUUGACAUCUCUACAUUUGAAUGCAUCGAUAUGGUCAGCACCACAACCAGAACUUCUUUCAGAACAACAUGAACAAAGUUUAUAUCUGAAAGAAGAAUUCAUGCAAUAUGCACAACAAGCACAAGAUGAAUUAUUGAAAUAUUUCUAUAUGGGCAUGGAUCGAGCUACACGAGCGAGAUUAUGUAUUUCAGAUUUGAAAGGACAUCUUCAUGCCUUUGCUAUUGAUAAAUAUGGAUCUGCCUUCAUAUCCAAUUGUUUACAAGUUAGGAAAACUUGGAUCUCCAAGGAUUCCGAACAAUUUAAUGAUCUAUUGAAACAACUACAAGGUUCAAACGUUGCCACAGAUGUCAUUCAGAGAGGAGAAGAGGGUUUUUGGAUUACGGAGCGAGAUACACAACCCCGACGAGUGGUUCAAGGUUACACAGAUGCUGAACUCGAUCUAUUGUUUGAGGAAUUGAAACCACAUUUUGACAGUUUGCUUAUUCAUGUAUUCGGAAAAUUUAUCGUGUAUCACUUUUUGAAAGUGUGCACACCUCAGCAACGACUCUAUUUUGCCCAAAAUUUCAUUUUGGGACAUGUGGAUCAGUUAUUAUCCACAAAAGGUGGCUCCAUGAUAUGUGAACGACUAUUUGAAUUGCUUUCUGUGGAUGGAGAGGUUGAUUUGACACAGAAAAUGCUAUCUGAAAUUGAGAAUAGAAUUUCUGCUCUCAUUUGGGAUCCUAUUGCACAAUACUUUAUACGAGCCAUCGCUGAAUUUGGUACCAUAUCACAAAAAUUAACCAUUCUUAAAAAGCUCAAAGAUCAAUCUUUAAUGGAAAUUUUAAAAACUCAUCAACCUAGUAAGAUUAUGGAAAUAUUAACGAGAUUUCCAGAGACACGAAGAAUUCUUAUUGGAAGACUAUCGAAGAAGGACUAUGUGGAAUUGGCAUGCAAUGUUUAUGGUGCCUUUUUCAUUGUGGGCUGCAUGAAAUUUGGGUCAGUUACGCAACGUCGUUCCCUGAUCUCUUCUUUUACGGGAAAUAUUUUCUUGAUGGCUCUCAAUGCAUCUUCCUCGUUUGUGUUGAAUCAUGCUUUUAGAGCAGCAACUACAUCUGAAGUUUCCAAUAUUGUGAAUGAGCUGCAAGGACAUUUUCUUGUCCUUUCACAAGAUCGAUAUGCCAACUUUCUCAUGAAACAAAUAUUAUGUUUGACGAAUAACGUUCAAUAUUUGAAUAUGGCCGUACAAGAAAUGAGGAAUAAUUUUGCUCUUCUGAGUUAUCAACGAUACAGUUCACGCGUCGUGGAAUAUGUCCUCAACCUUAUUGUGUAUUAUUCAAAGCAGAAAGUACAAGUGAAUUUUUCAGUGAAUGAUUUUGUAAUGGAAGAGUUUUCAGAACACAUGCUUCAAAUGGCCAAAGAUCGAUAUGCAGCUUAUACCGUUCAAUUAGUGUUGCAAAUUGCCUUUCACACAGCAACAGCACAUCUUGUGACCAAAGAAACAAAAACACAACUCAUGAAAGAUAUUUGGGCUCAUAGUAUGAAUCUAGCUCUGGAUCCAUUUGGUUGUCACGUCAUUCAAUAUCUCGUACGAAAUUCAGAAACAAGAAUGCCCAUCAUGAGAAAAUUUUUAGAAACAGAAGGCAAUAUUAAGGAAUUCAAUAGUCGAUCUUUUUUCCAAUUACUUCAAAACAAACAUGGUGUCAGUGUAGUCAUUGAACUGAUCAAACACUGCAAUACGAAUCAAAGAAAUGCCUUGUUCAAUGUCAUGAAUAGUUUCCGACGACGAAUUGAAGAAUCUCCAUACAGCAAACCAUUGAUUGAAUUGGCAAAGAGUUAUGACGAGUUGGGUUUAUUCUCUAACAAAACACCUCCUCUUGACAUGUUUCCAAAGGAUCUCCAUGGUCGCCAAUGA